AUGGAAGAUUUGGACUUUCCGAUUUGCAUACUGAAGAUGAACCUCCAAUGUUGCCAAGACUUUCCUUGUCUGGUCAAGAAGCGUCUGCGAGAAGUAAAAGGGGUUUACGCCAUAACCAUAGACCCAGCCAAGGGUCUGAUUUUGGUCUCCGGCACAGCCGAACCUCCUCUGCUUAUCAAAGCCAUCGAAAAAAUCGGACAAAGUCCGCCACUUUACGCCUACGAAAAAGAACCAACUAAGGCUAAGACCCAGUUCAAGGCCUUGCUUAAGCGUUACGCCACCGAGGAGCGUCAAGACGAACUGCCACCAACCGCUGAUGAUGCCGGAGCUUGCCCCGGGAAAUCGGGACCACCACCCACAGCCGAUGCUGGAGCUUGUCCAGCACCAAUUUCGGGUUUCGGCUACUCGGGACAGCCGAUGAUGCCGAUAUUUACGUUGCCUCAGACUAUGGGUCCUCCGGGAUGGUUAGCCCCGGGGACAAAACCGAGGCUGAUGGUGAGAUACGAGGAGCCAGAGAUGAAGACGAGGAAGGCCCCGGCGCCUUAUCCCUUCGAUUUCUACGAGAGCAAAGGGUUCCCUGCAUCAGAUUCCCUUUUCAAGUAUUUCAGCGAUGAUCACGCUCAACCUUGCACCAUCAUGUGA